GAAAGUGAUAGUGUCGUAAACCGCUAGGUAAGUUCGUUACCGUCGAGAGCGAAAUCUGUUAGUCAACGACGUGGAUCGCUUGUGGACAGUGUAGUGGCAAGUUUCUACAGAUAUUUAUCUUCAGAAUAAAUUAAUUUACGCAAGUUAAAUUUAUACGAUUAAUACCAAUACAUCAUCCUUAAAUUUGAACUUUUUUAUACUUCACUAAGGAAAACCAUGUUACGAAUUUUAAUGAUUUCAUCAUUUAUCUGCUCGUUGGAUUUACUGGGUGCUCGUCCUGUGGAGGAACCGACAAAAUUCACUCUUGACAACAUACAAAAUAAUACCGAAAACGCUGUACCCUCAAAACUGGAAAUAAUAAAGCAUAUAAAUAGCGAAUUUCGAAGUGAUCUUGAUCCGUCAAUUGUUAAAUCUGACAAACCUCAAAGUCGCACAUCAAUACAACCUAUACAAGAUACAACGUCAAUAGUUUUAUUUCAACCGAUACCGCAAGAAGGAAUUCGUUUAGAAAAUGAGACCGCCCAAGGUAUUUUAGAAAAACGAAAACCUGACAACAUCAGACGACUUUUGGAUAGUUUCUUGACACCAAAGCCACUUAUUGAUCGAAUUAAGGAUGAAGAAAAAUAUGGUAAUAGGGGAGAUAAAUUUAUUGGAAUCGGAAGGGUUUUCAUUAACGGUUUCGAGAAUUUCAGUAAUUUUUUGAAUAACUUAGUAGAGUUCCCCACUGGUAUAGCUAAACAAACUUCUCGAGGAAUAACGCAAACAUUGGAUAAAUUAGGAGCACGGAUCAUCGGACUCGAAUAAUAAAUAUAAACUGAAUAUAAAUUAAU